AUGGCCUCCAGCAAGGCCUCUCGCAUCGGCGAGGAGAUCUGGAAGACGAGAAUCGAUAAGGUCAACGCCGAGCUCGUGACCCUAACCUACGGCACCGUGGUUGCGCAAUUAUGCAAGGACUUUGAUGGCGACUAUACGGAAGUAAAUAAGCAACUGGAUAAAAUGGGAUAUAAUAUUGGGUUGCGCUUGAUCGAGGAUUAUCUCGCCAAAUCCAACACUAUGAAGCGUUGUGCGAACUUCCGGGAGACAGCGGACAUGAUUUCUCGAGUCGGAUUUAAAAUCUUCCUGAAUAUCACUCCUCAGGUAACAAAUUGGACAGCAGACAACAACCAGUUUUCGUUGGUUUUCGACGAGAACCCGUUUGCAGAUUUUGUGGAAUUACCCGAUGAUGGCCGCGCACAAGAUGAGCUUUGGUAUUCCAACAUUCUUUGUGGUGUUUUGAGGGGAGCUCUUGAGAUGGUGCAGAUGCAAGUCGAGGCGCACUUCAUCAGUGAUGUGCUACGAGGCAAUGACACAACUGAAAUGAGGGUAUCGCUAAUACGAUACAUUGACGAUGAACUACCCCCGGAGGACGAUUAG